AUAUUUGCAGUUUUUUAUUACACAGCUAUAAAACUCCACAAAAGGGGUGAAAUUUUUUUCUUCUGAUUGACAUAUAUUAUGAAAUUUAUUAAUAAACGCUAUCUAUAAAAUAAAGGGAUUUGACGACGUAGAGCCACUUUUAAGGAGAAAAUGCAGAAAUCGACAUAGUGUUAUUUCAUUAAUAGUGCGCUCGUGAAUUUCCCAAAUUAAUCACAAUUUUUAAUUUGACCUAAUUUCCAUGCUGGGGAAUGAAAAUAUUUAUUUUUCCAAUGCAAGGCAUGUGUGAUUUUUGAUAGCGAAAACUGCAAAUUUGGAGCAGUGUUGAUUAUAUCGAUGUUGAUAACUGCUGCAUCAACACAUAUAAAAGUACCUCGCCCUCUUUGCUUUUCACCAUUCAAGUCGACGAGUUAGAAGGAAUACGUAUUCCAAACCUGCAAAAUGGGCAUCGACGCGCUCAGCAAAAACGAUCCUUCAUCUUUUGCCAAUACUGAGGAUGUAGUUGUCCGACAUGCUCAUAUUGCCUGGCUGGUCGACUUCAAGAAGCAGACCCUCGCUGGCUCGGUCACCCUGACCCUGGAGAAGGUCAACGAGCUCGCAGACAAAGUGGUGCUCGACACAAAGGAUCUUAAUGUAAAAAAGGCUUCUCUGAACGGGAACCGCGUGGACUUCUUCAAAGGACCCUCGGUUGCCACAUUUGGUGAAAACUUGACGAUCAAACUCCCUCCUAACACUCCAAAGAUAUUUGAUUUGGUCAUUGAUUAUGAGACUUCUUCCAACGCGAGCGCUUUGCAGUGGCUCAGGCCUGAGCAGACCGCCGGCAAAACGCACCCCUACUUGUUUAGUCAGUGCUCGUCAAUCCACUGCAGGACAAUUUUGCCCUGUCAGGACACACCAUUCGUCAAAUUCACGUAUUCCGCUGAGGUGGAUGCAGACGCUGACAUGACCGUCCUGCUAAGUGCGAUCAGCAGCGGUACUCCUCAGGUCUUACCCGGUACUUCCCUGAAGCGGCACAGGUACCAGCAAAAAGUGACCAUUCCAUCGUACUUGCUUGCAAUUGUAGUUGCCAAACUGGCGCACAGGACCAUCAGCCCGAGAGUUAACGUCUGGUGCGAAGAGGAGAACGUCGAUGCCGCCACCUGGGAAUUUAAUCAGGCUGAGGAGCAGCUCAAGCUGGCAGAAGAAUUCUGCGGCGAGUACGAGUGGGGCCGCUACGACCUGCUGAUUUUACCCCCAAGCUUUGGCUAUGGAGGAAUGGAGCACCCUUGCAUCACCUUUGUCACGCCGACCUGUGUCGUAGGCGACCGCUCGCAAGCUGAUGUCAUUGCGCAUGAGAUCUCGCACUCCUGGACCGGAAAUUCCGUAGGAAUCAAAACGUUCGAGCACUUCUGGCUCAACGAAGGCUGGACUAUGUUUGUGCAGAGGAAGAUUGAGGCCAAGCUUUUCGGCGAGAAGCACAGACACUUCUCUGCUAUUUUGGGACUCAACGAAUUGAGGAACACGGUGAAAGACAGCAAAUAUCCAGAAAUCGAGACGACCCUGGUGAAAAACCUGACGGGAAUUGACUUUGAGGACAUUUACAAUAACGUGCCUUAUGAGAAGGGCCACACUCUUCUUUUCUAUUUGGAAACCCUUUUAGGAGGAAACGACGUGUUCGGCCCAUUCAUCAAGGCUUACUGUCAACACUUCAAGGGCCAUCCGAUCGACACUGAUAUGUUCAAAUCCUUCUUGUACAAGUUCUUUGCCAGCAAAAAGGCUGUCUUGGACUCUGUUGAUUGGCAAACAUGGUUCUACGGAACUGGAAUGCCACCAGUCAUCCCUCAGUAUGACAUGACCUUAUCGGAGGAGUGCACUAAGCUGGCAGAUAGGUGGCUAAAAUGCCCUGAAAAGGAGGUGGAUUCAUUGUCCUCUGGCCCAAGCUUCAAGGACCUGUCACCACUUCAGCAAAGGGAGUUUCUUGACCAACUAGAACUCAGCGAGCAUCAGAUAAUUUCGGUGACGAAGCUGCGAAAGAUGGACGAGUGGUACAACAUGAAGAGUAUGCGUAACACCGAGUCCAAGUACCGCUGGCUGCGACUUUGCAUCAGGGCCAAGUGGGAAGACAAGAUCGGCGAGGUCAUCGACUUCGCCACCAUCCAGGGCAGGAUGAAAUUCGUCAGACCCCUCUUCAGGUCCAUGUACGCGUGGCCGGCCGCCAGGGACAGGGCUGUGGAGGCGUUCAAGAAGCACCGACACGAGUACAUGUACCUUACUGCUAGACAAGUGGCACUCGACCUUCAACUUGACUCAUAAAAAUGUGAUUCCUAAUAUACAUUUGCUGCUCAAUAAAUCUGUGGCUGUUAGUUA